AUGCCUACUCACCUCAAGCGCAUUCUCACAGCCGUUCUGGCUAUAACAUUAGCAGUCCAAUCCUCAAUGGCCUCCCCGCCCAUCCUACACAGACAAGACAACACGGCUUCCAACCCAAGCCCACGCGGGCAAGGGCCCGAAAUCCAGUUCGGCCACUGCUACACAAUCAAGAACAAGAACGGCGAACCGCUAGGCCACCAGCCCUCCGCCUGGAACUACCUCCGCUUCGGCGCCGGCACCAAGCCAGCCCGCUUCAAAGUGUGCCAGAACCUGGGCCAGUGCAAGUCUCCAAACACAGACUACCAGGUCCUGCUGAACCGGGCGCGGUUCUGGCUCUUCGACGUUGAGGGCAACUAUUACUCGCCAAGGGGGGACUUUGUCGCCGCCAACUCGCCCCCGUUUGGCUCCAACAGGAACCUCUAUCCCGCCGGCGGCGACUACAGGUACUAUGUCGACUUCUGGGGCGAAAACGACUGCUCUCGUCCGGAUGCUCGUCCCCUGGGCCAGUGUCCUGUCAAAUUGCGCAUCGACAAUCUGCGAGACGACAAGGGGUUGGUUAUCCAGGACGGCUACUUGAAGGCUGCUGCUUCGGGGGAUGACGUUGUCGUCGUCACUUUUGAAGACGCAAAGUGCCCGGAUGAGUAA